AUGAAAGUCUUGGGUGUGUUUGCACUGCUCGCAGUCGCUGCGGUCACCAGAGCGCAUGAACCUGUUCAGGCUGUAUUCGGGCAUCAUGCGAAGCAUCUCGACUUGACGCGCGAUCUUAUUGGCCUACACAGGAACUUGACUUCGAUAGAGUCCAUCAGCGGCAAUGAGAAGCACGUCGGCGAAUGGCUAGCGGCGACUCUCGAGGCUCAAGGCUACAGUGUGGAGAAGCAAGUGGUAGAAGAGGAGCCUCUUCGCUUCAACGUACUUGCCUGGCCAGGUGCUUCAGCUCAAGAUGCACGAGUGCUUGUUUCAAGCCACAUCGACACGGUACCCCCUUUCUACCCGUACAAGUACGAUAACAGCACAACCAACGCGACCAUCUUCGGCCGCGGUUCCGUAGACGCCAAGGGCAGUGUUGCGCCACAGGUCAUUGCCGUCAACAAGCUCUUCUCCGAGGGCAAGAUAAGCCCGGAUGAUGUCGCUUUGUUGUACGUCGUUGGUGAGGAGAUCGGUGGCGACGGCAUGCGAGCUGCCAAUGCACUGAGCUUGAAGCCACAAGCAGUCGUCUUCGGCGAGCCUACAGAAGGCAAGCUUGUUUCCGGCCACAAGGGCAAUCUCAUGGUUCAACUCACUGCAAAAGGGAAAGCUGCCCACAGCGGCUACCCUUGGCUUGGACGCAGCGCUAUCGAGGUCCUUGUCAAAGUCCUGGCAGGGCUGAUGGAACUAAGUGCUAACCUGCCGGAGAGCGAUAAGUACGGCGUAACAACUUUCAACUUGGGCAAGAUCCAGGGAGGUGUCGCUGCAAACGUCGUAGCCCAAGAUGCUUCCGCAAGCGUGGCCAUCCGUAUCGCGGAAGGCACGCCAAGCUUCAUCAAGGCGGAGGUCGUCAAGGUCGUUCACCUUGCAGUGCAAUCAUUCCUUGAAGAUGGUAUGAAGCCGGAAGAUGUCGUAGACAUCCAUUUUCCGUCGGCUGGCUACGGUCCUAUUGACAUCGAUCAUGACGUCCCAGGCUUCGAUGCUAUAACUGUAAACUACGGGACCGAUAUACCAAAUUUUAACUUGACCAAGCAGCAGAAGCGCUAUCUGUACGGGCCUGGCAGCAUCCUUGUCGCCCACAGCGACCACGAGACCAUACUCGAGAGCCAGUUAUGGAAGGCUGUCGAUGGUUAUCAGAAGAUCAUCUUGCAUGCUCUCAAUGGGUAG